AUGAUUGAGUCACUCACCGUGUUGACGUUCAACGUCCGAUCGAUGAAGAACGCAGUCAACCAAGUCAAAAUCAUCCGUUAUCUCAAAACCCUUCGGCCGGCCCCUGCGGCCAUCCUCCUGCAAGAGCACCACCUCAGCUACAACGCGUCGCGCGAAGGCUUCGAGAGUGCUUGGCCGGGGGCUUGUAUUCGUUUCACUCCUCAUGUCCUUACCCUCAUACCCGAUGGCUCACCUUUGGCGGGCCAUCUCCUUUCCUCUACCCCGGUCGUCUUUGCAGGAGCUCCUCGUUUCGACGGUCGGAUUCUGCGCUCGGUGUUUCGUCUUGAGGAGCUCGAUGUCAAGAUCAUCAACAUGUACGCACCGGUGCAGGAGGACGAUCGUCGCGACUUUUUCGGGCUUCUGCACUUCAACGCCCCGAGACCCAAGAUUCUUCGGAUCUUGGCUGGCGAUCUCAAUGAUUGUCCGGAUGUAUCGGUCGACCGAGUGUCCAUCACCGAUCGCGCUUGGACUCCUGUAUCGCACUGGCAGUGA